AUGGCAGCCACCACGACCAUCACCGUCCCCCACCUGGGCGGCAUCGACGCCGGCUACCGCCUCUCCAACAAUAAUGUCUACGACCCCUCCAAGCCGACCGUCGUGCUCCUCAACUCCAUGUGCAUGACCGUCUCUCUAUACGAGCCGCAAUUCUCCGACGAAACUCUCACCAACGCCGUCAACCUCCUCGCCAUCGAGCCCCUUGGCCAUGGCGCCACCCACUGCCACUCCGCGGAGCACUUCACCUACUGGGACUCGGCCAUCAUGGCGCUGCAGGUAAUGGACAAGCUGGGAGUCGAGAAGGCAUUUCUCUUGGGAACCAGUCAAGGCGGAUGGAUCGUCACAAGAAUGGCCCUGUUGGCGCCAGAACGGACCCUCGGCCUUCUGCCCCUGGGCACAUCGAUGGAUUACGAAUCCGCGGACUCGCGCAGCAAAGGAUGCUGGGACCCCGUGUCGCUGAUCGCCUCGUUCCUGGAGAAAUGGAGUAGUUCGGUCCCAACGCCCGAGUUCAUCGUGGACGAUGUGUGGUGUGGGUUGGUAGGGGGGAUCGGGUUCGGGAGAGGAGGGACGGAGGAGACGGCGGGGUUUUGGACCCGAACGCUGAAGCAGGUGUAUGCGGGCGAUGAGGGGCGGAAGAAAGUCCGCAUGGCGCUGAUGUGCCUUUUGACGAGAGAUGGGUUGCUGAUGCGCCUGGGAGAUGUGAGGUGUCCAGUUUACUGGCUUCAGGGCACGGAGGAUACCCCGUUUGCGACGACGGUGCCUGCAGAGCAGAUCACCAAAUUCACGGGGUCGAAGGAGGCGAAAUUGGUGAUGAUCAAGGAAGGGGCGCAUUACCUCAAUUCGACAAAUCCCGGCGAGGUCAACGCGGCGAUUUUGGAGAUGGUUCAGAAAUACGGGAUGUAG